AUGCUGGUGCUCAUGGUGGGCUUCGUGCUCACAGCCGCCCUAGCAAUCGCCUUCGUCUGCAGUGCCUUCAUUCUCUUCAUUAUCCUCACCAGCAAACAGGUAAGGCAGGUCGAGGUCCCGACGCAGCUGAGGUCACUCGCUUACCGUGCGAGCGGCGCAAAUGAAACAGCAGAAACGCGCUCUCCCACCCGCACAAAUAGACCGGCGCUCUUGGCACUCUCCCCGGCGAUUAAAAGCAACCGCAGGGACACAACUGUAACAACAACUACUAAAAUCAUUGCAAACCCAGCUCCAGCAAUUCCUUUUGCGUACAAGAGCAGCACGAGCCUCCUCCACCUGCAGCUUAUGGUGACGGGCGUCGUGCUGUCGCUCCUCUUCAUCGUCUUCUCCACGCCCUCGCUCCUCAAGGUGGGUCUGUUUGUCCGCCUGUCGCCUGCCAGUCUUUUCGUCGGAUUUCCAGCUACCGUGUCUGUCAGCGUGUCUUCAUAUCUGACAGGCUUUUAUCUUAGGGAGCGCUGGCUGCUGCACGUCAGCCAGGAGGACGGCGCGGGGGCGUCGGCGGAGGAGCCUCCCUCGGGCGACGACUGGGACGCCUUUCCCCUCAACGCCACGGACAGCGCCAACGCGAGCUAUGACUCCCUUGCCUCCGUCGCGGACGAGCCGUGGCUCUCCUCCCACGACGCAGAGAACCUCAGCGCCGCCCUCUCCCUUGGCCUCAACGACAGCGCGGGAGGGCCGCUCCAUCCCGUCGUGUGGGAGAGCGACGUGGUGUGCCGCAUGUAUGGGUUCCUGCUGGUGAUGCUGCACACGGUGGCGGUGUGGGUGGUGGUAGGCCUGCACUGCGACAAGUACUGCGCCAUCGCCACGCCUCUCCGCUACAACCAGAUCGUGACGCGCCGCCGGGUGGCCGCCCUCUCUUCCAUCGCGUGGGUCAUGGGCCUGGUCCUGGCCACCCCGCCUCUCCUCGGCUCCUACGCCUACUCGUUCUCGGAGGGUGUCUGCCUGCCGGUGUGGCACCUGGCGGACGCUGCAGCCUACACUUGGACACUCGCGACGCUCUACGUUAUCCUGCCCUUCACCAUCAUGCUUAUCGUCAACGGCCGCAUCAUCGUCAUUGCUCGCCAUCACCAACACCGAAUCUUCUCUGCUAUAUUCGAAGUCAUGAUGUCUGCACAAGCCACCGUCACUCACCAAAAGAACCCAUUCGAUGUUCCGAAAAAGAAAAGAAAGUCGGUGUGGACAGUAUUAGAACAGCUGGCAGCGUUUGUAGUGUGUUAUUACCCCUUCUUCGGAACCAUCAUGUGGGAGACGAUCCGGGGUCGUCCCGCCAACGAGUACUGCGUCCUGUUCGUGACGGCGCUGUUCGUCCUGUCGCCUCUCGUCAACACUUUUGUAUACGGCAUCAAAAGCAAGAAUAUUCGCAAAGCUUUCAGAAACUACCUCAGGAAGAAACUGUAUAAAACCGAGAUGAAACACGAAAUUCAGGCUCGCAUCCCCUCGGCAAGUAACUCGCGGCGUCCUUCCAUCACCUCCACGCUCGCCAUGCCCAUUCUCCAGAAGUCUCUCCAGCGCCGCAUGUCAGAUUACCUCCUGCAGGACCAGCUGAACCAACCCAAGCUGGUGCGCCGUUCUUCGGACAUGUCGUGGCACCCUCUGGAGGAAGGAACGCCCUCUCCCACAAGGCUCAGGAGACCGCUGGAUACCAAAUUCCCCGUCCAGAGUUCCCCUGUCGGCUCGCACUCCCCAGCCAGCGUCGCCAACUUCCUCACUGUCCCUUCCUUCGAGGCGGCGCGGAACUACUACUGCAGCCAACAGCGGGUCCGUCUCUCCAUCUCCUCCUUAGACUCUGACCAAAGCUUCUCGGUGAGAGAGUCUCGCACGGAGGAGGAGAACUUCUUGGUCUCGCUCUCGCCCGACUCUCAGUCGACGGUGAACGUAAUGGCCAACCCUCACGAGGUCUCCGAAAGCAUCAGCAGAUCCAAGUCCCUCCAGCUCCCUCUCUUCACCCUGGAAACCAAGGGCCCGAAUGAGCAGCAAUACCAGGCGAUCCAUAAUCAGACCGACUGCCAGACGCCGCUCUUAUGCAAGACGUUCGAAAAGCCCAACAGAAGCUCAAGCCUGAACUCGUCGUCGCCGCACGUCAUGCGCACGUUAGAGGCCAUCCUGUCGGUUAGGAUUUCGCAGUCGCUCCUUCGCCGGGGCUCGGGCUGGGGCGGCUCGCAGGGCAGCAUGGAGAGGCUUUCUCAGUUCCUCCGGGAAAACAGGCGCAACACCUUGCCUGCAAAUGACUCCUACGCGCCCUUUACGCUGCACAACGCCGACAGCGAGGACUACCCCGAAGAGAACAAUCUCGGGAGCCCUCCUGCCAACAUGGAGGACGAGGACGUCAGCGUACUCACCUUCAUUACCCCGCUGCCCAACGGAGGCGCCUGCCUCGGUGUGUGCCCCAAAGACCCGCCUCUGGAGAUGGAAACGACGCUCACAGUUACCUAG